AUGAGACGCACUACAAGAACUGAUCCGAAGAAGAGACACUCCAUGAUCGUCGAUACAUCUGGGAUAUCGUCGUUUGCAGGCUUUUCGUCGCUGUAUGGAUCGAAAACUACAAACAGGUCGCUCGAAAACGUAGCGACAGACAAGAAAUCCGGGAGCGGCGAGCGUUUAGAGCGUACUAAACGCAAAAACUCAAGUCUCAAACGCAGCACUGUGUUGCUGGACGACAACAUGGUGCGGGAAUACAAUCUGGCCGUUCAAAGCCUGGCACACGAACCUUUGGACUCCCGCAGCUCACCACAACUGCGGAAAACACCACAGAGGACCCAUCAAAAUACACUUUCCGCGUCGUCCAGCAUGUCGUCACUUUUUUCGCGCGAAAGUGCAAUGUCGGUACAAGACCUCAUGUUUGAGGACUAUACGGUGUGUGAGCCUGUAGAGUGCGUGCAAAAGGGCUUUUUUACGGGAUCCUCGGAAAGCCUGGACCUGGACCUGGACCUGGACCUGGAUCCAUGGGCCCAAGACAAAAACAAUGGCAAUUACGACGACAACAAUGACGACUUCAAUGCGGAUAUGAUUCCUAGUCGAAGAACGCAACUGGACUUUUUCUGA